AUGAGACUCUUCUCAUUACUAUCCAUAGCAUUCUUGUUUGGAUUCUGUUAUUGUGCUUCUCCAAAUGACUGUAAAGAUCAAGGAGUUGCUGAAACGAAGAUAGUCAAACUUGAUGUUAAUGAUAUAGACGAGGGUCUCUUAACGGUUACAAGGUCUUCCAUUGAUGGAGUACCUCUCAAGACAGUGACUCCAAAGGAAGGUCAUCAACUCACCGAGGUCUAUGAUCUAAAUGUGCGUAUAUGGAAGGGUGCAGAUAAAGAGCAUUGCCUGCAAGUAUUGGUUUACUAUAAUGAAGAGUCUCCUGCAUCAGUAAUUGUAAACUUUGUAAAGGCUGAUGGAAAGAAGCCUUGGAGGUACCAUAACAAGCAGGGUGAUAAAUGGAAUGUAGUAAAGAAAGAAGAUCAUGAGAAACUAUUGGUAGAGCUCAAGAAGAAAGUUCCCCAAUUUCCUCCACCAAAAGACCCCAAAACCCUAGAUCUUGCCUCUCUUGCGGACUCUCGCUAUAAGACGGUAGAUCUAAGCAUUGAUGGAGUUCCUGCAAGGGUUUAUCUAGUUGGUCCAAAAGAAGAUAUAAAUAAGGUCAAUUAUAGUGGAGAGGAAGUAUGGAAAGCAUCCAGGUUCUCUGAGGGUAAACAUGGAUAUAAGGAUACACCUGAAGAAAUAUGCACGUAUUGUAUAACCUUUCUAAAGGAAAAGGAUACUAAAAUGAUACUGGUUAAUAUAUAUGAUGUGACCGUGUACAGGGAAAUAUUUAAACAGAGGGGUGAUAAAUGGGAAAGAUCAACUAGCUAUGCGGGAGAAAUUGCUGCCCUAAAAACACACAAAGAUCCUCCAAAAAAGUUCACUUUGGACAUUUCCUCUCUCGAGGAAGGUGAUGAAAAGUUUAAGCUUGUGAAGGAAGAGAAUAACGGAGCUACUACUUUCUUCUUUGCCACUAAACAAGGCUAUUCUAUCGAGAAUAUUAUGGACGGAGAAACCAAAGUAUGUGCAAUAAAUAAGGACUUCACAUGUUACCUCUGUGAACUCCAUUCCAAGGGUGACUCUAAACUGAUAAGAGUACAUGCAGAGAAGAGCUUUAAGAUCUCACUCAGUUGGUAUGAAAAAUCAGGCGACAAGUGGAAUGGUAUCACACAGAUCGACUUUUUCAAGAAGCUUAAUGAAAUAAGUAAAUUUGGAAAGACUUUGUCUAAUACUGUUAAACAAGAAUUCCCUAAACCUGCACCUCGGAGUGAACGUGUCAACAAGGUAGACUCCACCCUAUUCAAUGUUGAAGAGGGACAAGAGAAUGGGUUUAAGGUUCUUAAGUUAAAAGCAAAGGAGGGUACCAAGGCCGAUAAGCUCACAUUUGGGGGUUUGACACUAUGGCAGAGUCAAAAUGCUGGUGAUGCAUGCUUAACUGCCACAUUCUAUCUUGGAGAGAAGGAACCAAUAGCUGCUUCUUACAGAUUCAAGAGAGACGGAAAACUGAUUGAAGGUUACCGCCAAUUCUCCAAUGGUAACUGGUUCCAAGUCAAUGGUGCUGCCUUCAGGACAUUCAUAGGGAAGGAUGUUCCUGUUACAACACCUAAAGAAUUAUCUACUAAAUCGGCUGGACAUGGUGAUGCUCUUGAUACUGCCAAUCCUGAUGAGACAAAUAUAGAUAUAGAUGAAUACACUGAAUCCGGAGUAUCCUUCAAGGGGUAUUAUCCAAAGGACGCCUUUCAUAUAUCCUCUGUUGUUGAUGGCAAUAAGGAACUGUGGAAACCAGCUGAAGGAACUAAUGAAAAGUGUCUGUUAGUUGAGUCUUAUGCCAAGGAUGGUGUAGAACUUCUUUACCUGGAGACUUCCGGUGGCACUAAGUCCAAGUACUUUGAAAAGGCUGAUGGAGUAUGGAAUGAGGUUGGCAGGGAACUAUUUAAUGAACAGCUUAUGACAAUGAUUGGAGAAUCUGGAAAGAAUGCUUCUCUAAAUAUUGCUCAUCCGAAUAGACUACUAUAUAAGUCCUUCGACUAUACCUUCGCUACAAAUUCAGUAAAACUGGUCGUCCCAAAGAAGGGCAUUUCUAUAUCUACGCUUAUGAACGGCACUGAAGAGGUUUAUACUCUUCCUUCCGUUAGAGAGAAGUUUGAUCAUGCUAAAGUAUACCUAAACAAGGAUAAGAAGCCUGAACUGGUCCUUCUAGUAACUACUUUAUCUGGUACUCCUAAGGAAACUUACCUUGAGCUUAAAGAUGGUAAAUGGGUAUCCUGUGAUGAUCAUGAUGCAAAGAUUAAGAGUUUAAAGGAUACUACAGAAUGGAAAUCAGACUUUGAAAUUGAUCUCUCUGCUUCUAAGGAUACUGACAAUUGCAGUAUCUUUGAGGUGGAAUUACUAGGUAUUACCACUAGACACUUUUAUCCAAAGGCUGGAUACAUGGCUAUCCAAGUAAAAGAUGGAAAUAAAGGACUAUGGACUGCUCCAACUAAUAAUGACUACUGCUUUUCAUGUAUUAUUCAUAAUAAAGGCGAUAAGGAGCUACUUGAGAUGAUUGUAGUGGAGAGAUGUUCAAGGCAUUUGACAUUCUUUGAGAAAGCGAGUACUGAAUGGAACGAGAUCGAAAAUACUACCUUUAAUGACAAGCUAAAGGAGAUGAGGAACGGUACCGCGAAUCCGGCUCCCACUCAGCCUUCUCAAGGGUCUACUAAUCCCACUUCAAAGCCUUAA